UUAAAAAUCUGAAAACGUAGGCUUCAAGUGAGAGAAAACACAGACUAGAGAGAGAGAGAGAGCUGUUGUUGUUGCUCCUCUUGUCCCGGUCUAAAGAAAUCAAAAAACAAAACGGGCUCCUGAUCUUCCAUUGUCUCUCCCCUAAAAGCUCACAUCGUUCGAAUCGCAGAGUCCGAAGUCCCAACAACAGCACAGCAAAAUAUUACAAAAUCAACUGGCUUUUAUUUCACUCAUCUCGCAUUUUCAUCUUUUAAAGCUCCGGAGCUCUGUGUUCAGAUCUCUCCAUCUCUCCGAGCUCUGAUUUUGCGACAUUGGCGGUGGAUUCGUUCUAACGGUUUCCAUAUGAAAUCUAGCGGCGUGGAAACUGGUGUGGUAGGAAUGGUGCAGUAACGGCAGAGAUCGGGAAGUAGAGAAAGCUUUUAUCGUUCAAGCACCUGGAAAUGCCGUUUCGUUUUCUUCAAGUUUCUCUUUUUCUGUUUACAGCUUUCGAGCUAUGCGUCUGAUCUGUCUUUCUUGAUUUGGCCUUUUGUGAAAUUUGAGGGUUUCUGUCUGGCGUGGAACCGGUUGUCCUCGGAGAAGUAGAUGAGAAGUUAGGUUUUAGGUGGGAGAUUUCUCUCUUUCACUCGUUUCUGUUGGUAGAAGCUAGGUUCGGCUAUGAAUCGCAGUUUCCGGGCUCAGGAAUCGCAAAUGCAGGCGUCCAUACAGCAGAGACAGCAAGGGAGGAAUCUUGGUAGUGUAAUGAAGGAGAAGGAAGAGGAGCUCGCUUUGUUUCUCGAGAUGCGGAAACGCGAGAAGGAGCGGAACAAUCUUCUUCUGCUUCAGAACUCAGAGGAGUUUGACGCGCCUCUAGGAUCUAAACCUGGAAGUUCUCCCAUAUUCAAGAUCGUAUCGUCUACUCCUGCCCGCAAGACUGGUGCUGAUGAUUUCCUGAAUUCUGACAAUGACAAAAAUGAUUAUGAUUGGCUUCUUACACCACCUGGUACUCCUCUUUUUCCUUCACUGGAGAUGGAAUCUCAGAAAACCAUUAUGAGUCAGCUUGGCACUCCCAAAGCUAGGCCAACUGCUCUGAAGUCUAGGUUGGCAAAUCCCCAAACAGAACCUGCUUCAAGGGGCAAUUUAUCUAGGCCUACAUUGUCUCCUGGGUUGAAUUCCUCCAGUGCAGGAACACGCAGGCCUUCAUCAUCAGGAGGACCAGGUUCAACUGCAUCUAGACCUGCAACACCAACUGGGCGGCCAACAUUAUCCACAACAGCAAAACCCAUGACAGCAAAACCCUUGAGACCUUCUACUCCUACUUCGAGGGCCACUUUGCCUUCUUCUAAGUCCACAGCUCCAGCAGCUCCUGCAAGAUCGUCAACCCCUUCCUCACGAUCUACUGCUCGGUCUUCAACUCCAACAGCCAGAUCCUCAAUUCCAGCAUCCAAAUCUACAUCAAGGUCAGCAACACCAACACGUCGACCAUCAACACCAUCCAGUGUAUCUACUGUCUCUGCUCCUCCUGCGCGGUCUUCUUCAAUCUCCAAGUCAGCUCCAACAGCAGCAGUCACCAAGCCAGCUCCAACAGCAGCAGUCACCAAGCCAGCUCCAACAGCAGCAAGAAAUCCAGUGCCAUCACGUGGCACUUCACCAACUGUUAAAUCCAGACCUUGGAAGCCAUCAGAGAUGCCUGGUUUCUCACUGGAUGCUCCUCCAAAUUUAAGGACAUCAAUGCCAAAAAGGCCAGUUUCAACCUCUAGAGGUAGGCCUGGAGCUCCGAGCUCUCGAUCAUCUUCUGUUGAGCCUGGUUCUAAUGGAAGACCUAGACRACAAUCAUGUUCUCCUUCACGAGGCCGGGCUCCCAAUGGUAKUAUCCAUAGUAGUGGGAGUUCUGUUCCUGCAGUGAGUCGAUCACAUUCAAAUGGUAGUGACAAUGUGAGCCCUGUUCUUAUUGGAACAAAGAUGGUUGAAAGGGUAAUAAACAUGCGAAAAUUGGCUCCCUCAAGGCUAGAUGACCGCUCUUCCAACUCUGCAGGGAAGUCCACAUCGUCCCCAGAUAGCUCAGGCUUUGGGAGAACACUUUCAAAGAAAUCAUUAGAUAUGGCUCUGAGGCAUAUGGAUAUAAGGAGAAGUAUACCAGGUAGCCUUCGACCUUUGAUGACAAACAUUCCAGCCUCGUCCAUGUAUAGUGUGAGAUCUGGGCCAGCAAGGAGCAGGACAGUCAGUGUUUCAGACUCCCCUCUUGCCACAAGCAGUAAUGCCAGUUCUGAAAGUGUCAAUAACAAUGCUCUCUGCUUGGAUGGGAGUGACAUAGGAGAUGAUGAUCUUGGGAGCGAAAGAGGUGAGAGAGGUGGUCGAUCCUCUCCAGCCAGUCAGCAUGGCAGGUGAUCUUAUGGGUUUUGUUCACUAGCUGAAGAUGUCACCGCUUAUUCUUUACUUGGAAACUUGACCGGCUGGAGAUUGGCAAAGCAGGCAGUUUUCAUGGUGAUCUGUAAGACAUGCAUCUACGGUUUAUGUAUAGUGUAUCAGAUGGGUUGGCAGCUAAAUUAUUUUCAUGGCCAUUUGUACUAUUACUAAAACCGGUUAGGCAUGUGCCAAACAUUCCUCAAUCCUCGGUUCAGAAUCUAUACCAUUUGGUGAACUUGUAUUCA